AUGGCAAGCUUCUAUGAACACCCCUGUGGCACGGUAUCAACCAUCGCACAUAUAAUCCAAUGCGUGAGCUCGAUCAUCGUCAUCGGCAUCACAGGCUGGGCAGUCACUCACACCAAAACCCUCACUGUGAUCUUUUCCCUAGUGAUAGGCGUCCUAACUCCAAUCGUCUACGGCAUAACGUUGACUACAAGCUGUGUCGCCAAUCGUCGUAGAUGGCACGUUCUCCCUCUGCUAUUGACCGAUGCAGUGAUUUCUUACCUGUGGCUCACUUCGUUCAUCUUCCUGGCUCAGAAUUUCAACCAAACUAGUUGUAGGGUUCACCGCUGGAACGGGGAGACGGUUUGCAGUCGAAAGUAUGCUGCCGAAGCAUUCAGCUUCAUUGCCUUCUUUACUACGUUUGGUGCACUGGUGCUUGAAGUUUUGUACCUCUACAUACCGAGGAACGACACCUCAAUGCAGGAAAGAAAGAAUGGGCCCGAGCAGCUGGAGCAGAACCUCCAGUCUGCAGGUGUGAUGGACAGGACUUGA